AUGUUAUGUGGUGCAGUUGCAGCUGUUGGACUUGUUAGUUACAUAGCUGUAAAAGAUGCAGAAACAACUACCACUUCUACAGUAACUAUCAGUGCUGUUGGUAUUUAUGCCUUAAGCAUUCCGACAUGUGCUACAUGGAAUGAGAAUGGGACCACGACCAGUGGCAAUCAAAAUGGAUCGUUAGGCUAUGAUUUAGGAUCGCUCUAUUAUCCAGUUAGUAUCUUUAUUGAUAAUGAUGAUAUUCUGUACGUUUGUGAUCGAGACAAUGCUCGAAUUCUCAAAUUAUAUCCUAAUUCAACGACAGGAAUUAUUGUUGCUGGCAAUGGGACAGCAGGAAAUGAAUCAAAUCAAUUGAGAGGACCGAAAGGUGUUGCUGUCGAUCAAUAUGGUGCUAUAAUUGUGGCUGAUAGCGACAAUUAUCGCAUUCAGAAGUUCCUCCAGAAUUCCACAAUAGGAAUUACAUUAGCUUCAAACACUUCAUAUAAUCCUCUUGGUCAAAUGAGAGAUUUACACAUUGAUGUCAACAAUAAUAUAUAUAUAACGGAUUCUAAUAAUAAUCAAGUUGGUCAAUAUAUUCCUUAUUCAUCCAUGGGAAUAGUUUUAGCUGGGGGUGGUCCAUCCGGUUCAGGACUUGAUCAAUUGUAUAGUCCAUUCGGUAAUUUUAUGGAUGCAAAUAAUUCAUUGUAUGUAGCCGAUAGUGGAAACCAUCGUGUUUUGAAAUAUCUUCCUGGAUCACUAAAUGGUACAAUUGUUGCUGGGAAUGGUACUGCUGGUUCUAGUUUGUAUCAAUUGAAUGUUCCCAGAUCGAUUAUCGUAGACAAUAAUGGAUACAUCUAUGUGGCCGAUGGAGGAAAUUCGAGGGUUGUAAAAUGGACCACAAAUUAUACAGCUGGUGGUGUGUGUAUUAUGGGUUGUACAGGUGCAGCAGGGACAGCUGUCAAUCAAAUGAGCGGUCCCAGAGAUUUAAAAUUCGACAGGCAUGGAAAUAUAUACGUCACGGAUCAAGCAAAUCAUCGAAUUCAGAAGUAUAUGAUACAAUUACCAACGUCACCUUGUUCUAGCAUUCUUCAUUAUAUAUUUGAUGAUACUCUAAUUGGAUUAGGAAUGGUUACAUGUGGCAGUUGUCCCGGAACAGUUUUUGUUCAAGUUGGCUGA